AUGAACAAACUUGUUGCCAGUAUUCGUAAAGCAGGUUACGCGAACAUUUAUUUGAUGGAAAAACGUUAUGCAACGAUUUGGGCAGGUGCUACAUUAUUAUCCAUGAUUUUGGAUGUACUCAAAACAGCUUUGUAUUCUCUGAACUGGAAAAGCUGGGAUUUCAUGCUGAAUUUAAGUGAAAGCAAUUUUCCUGUUCUUUCAAUGGUUGAAUUAGAAUUUCAUUUGGCAAAAAAUAAAGGACGAAUCUUUCUGAGCAGUCAUGGUUAUGACACCGCACGAUUCAUUGAAAAACAGGGAUUAGAAUAUGUAUUUAUGCAGUGUGAAAAUCGAAUGUGGCUUCUGAUGAAACGGACAAAGUUUCCAAAUUCGAUUCGUUUGGAUGGUGGCUCUGAUUGGGUUGUUAUCAGCCGGGAUUUUGCUGAAUACGCCUUAUCUGAUGAGGAAUUACCUUUAAAUUUUCGAAAAUUUUUCGCCAAUGUUCUGUUACCAGUUGAAACUUUUUUUCACACUCUAGCAGCUAACUCGAAAUUUUGUAUGCAAGUGGUAAAAGGAAAUUUGCAUUUAACAAACUGGAAACGUCGACAGGGUUGCCGCUGUGCAGGAUUGAAAAAAAUUGUGGAUUGGUGUGGUUGUUCGCCUCUUGCUUUUCGUUCUUCUGAUAUCUCAAAAUUUUCAAUUGAGACUAUCCAAAAUAGGGUGGUAUUUUUCGGUCGCAAAUUCGAUUCAAUGAUAAGUCAGCAGGCUAUUGCUAUUGCUGAAGCGCAAGCAUUACGAUUUACUGGUAGUAUCAGUGAUAACACUCAUCCAUCAUUUAACAAAUCCUGGAUAAAUGUUUAUUUAUCACCAUUCGAUCACUCAGUGUUAUUGGAAAGCUUUGCUCGUACAUUAUUGCCUUAUCAAAAAAAUCGAGAUUGUAUAUUUGGAAAUCUUUCAUCAAUUAUUGCUUAUAAAGAAAACGAUGAAGCACAUAUUCAGAAUAUAUAUCGAUCAUCUUACAUAUGUAAUAAUAAUAAAAUAGAAUUUAUUCAAGUGCUAGUAGAAUCAUUCAAUCCAGUAAAAUUUAUGAAUGCAACUGUCGAUGGUUACGAACUGAAAGGUCUCGAAAUUGGUUCUGAUUUUGAUCUCAAAGAAGAAAUUUUUCGGAAAUAUCAUAACGUUUUAUCGGAGGAAGAUACGAUCUAUGCAAAAUUGCAAUGGCGAAGGAUUGAAUCGUUAUCAACUUCUGUACACCAAAAUUUCACUAGCCCUGAAGUGAUAGUAGAAUGGAAAGAUCCGUCAGAUUUUCUUGUCAAACGAACAAAAAUGAAUUCGUAUGAUUCCAUAUAUGGUACACAGUAUACGGAAUUAUUUGCAAAUGAAACAACGCCUGGUGAAUGGACUGCGGAAUUCGUUCGUAUGGAAGAUCACAUAAGUACUAUUAUUGGUUCAAUAAAAUUUAUAAUAUUUUCAACAACUGAUCGGAAUAUUGAUAAUGAUACAAUAUCCAAAUAUUUUCGCCGUAUUGAUUUUUGCUCGGAAGCUAACGUUGAUGAUUUACCGAAUUGUCUUGAAAUAUCAUGGAGUGCAAGUUAUUCAGAUUUGAAGUCUCGUAUAUUCGUUGAUCCUGUUUGA